GUUUGGGGGGCACUGAGUAAUGUAGCCAUUUCUGAGCCAGCAGCCAGGAAAAUGUGAGACAAUUCGCUGCUGCUGGAAGGAGAGCCGCGGGGCAGUGUUCCUGCAGGAGCAGAUUAACUUCACCGCGCUGGACCCAGGCAGAGCGAGCCGAAAUGGAUGACAAUAUGGACACAAAAUCCAUUCUAGAGGAACUUCUUCUCAAAAGGUCACAGCAAAAGAAGAAAAUGUCACCAAAUAAUUACAAAGAGCGGCUUUUUGUUUUGACCAAAACAAACCUCUCCUACUAUGAAUAUGACAAAAUGAAAAGAGGCAGCCGAAAGGGAUUGAUUGAGCUCAAGAAAAUCAGAUGCGUGGAGAAAGUAAAUCUUGAGGAGCAGACCCCUGUGGAGAGACAGUACCCAUUUCAGAUUGUCUAUAAAGAUGGGCUUCUCUAUGUCUAUGCAUCAAAUGAAGAGAGCCGAAGUCAGUGGUUGAAAGCAUUACAAAAAGAGAUAAGGGGCAACCCCCACCUGCUGAUCAAGUACCACAGUGGGUUCUUCGCCGACGGGAAGUUCCUGUGCUGCCAGCAGAGCUGCAAGGCGGCCCCGGGAUGUACUCUCUGGGAAGCAUAUGCUGAUCUACACGUUGCACCCAACGAAGAAAAACACAGAGCUUUCACCUUCCCAGACAGAGUGCUGAAGAUUCCUCGAGCAGUUCCUAUUUUCAAAAUGGAUGAACCAUCUUCAAGUACCACUCUAGCCCAGUAUGACAGUGACUCCAAGAAAAACUAUGGCUUCCAGCCAAAUGUCAAUAUGCAGUAUAUCCCAAGAGAAGACUGCCCUGACUGGUGGCAAGUAAGAAAACUGAAAAGCAGUGAAGAUCCUGCAGGCAGUAACCAAAAAGAUGUCAGGAUUUUUAUUCAUGUCGUUUCCUCCUUCUUAUGGGGAUUUCCUACGUUGAGCUCCUCUGAAGAGGAAGAAAACCUGGCUGACUAUGACUGGUUUGCAGGUAACAUCUCCAGGUCGCAAUCUGAGCAGUUACUGAGACAAAAGGGAAAAGAAGGAGCAUAUAUGGUUAGAAACUCCAGCCAGGCGGGAAUGUACACUGUGUCCUUAUUUAGUAAGGUUAUGAAUGAUAAAAAAGGAACUGUCAAACAUUACCAUGUGCAUACGAAUCCUGAGAACAAAUUGUACCUGGCAGAAAACUACUGCUUUGAUUCCAUUCCAAUGCUUAUUCACUAUCAUCAACACAAUUCAGCAGGCAUGAUCACACGGCUCCGCCACCCUGUGUCGACCAAGGCCAACAAGGUUCCGGACUCCGUGUCCCUGGGAAGUGGAAUCUGGGAACUGAAAAGAGAAGAGAUCAGCUUGUUGAAAGAGCUGGGGAGUGGCCAGUUCGGAGUGGUCCACCUGGGCAAGUGGAAGGGGCAGUACGAUGUUGCUGUGAAGAUGAUCAGGGAGGGCUCCAUGUCCGAAGACGAAUUCUUCCAGGAGGCCCAGACCAUGAUGAAACUCAGCCAUCCCAAGCUGGUGAAAUUCUAUGGAGUGUGUUCAGAGAGAUACCCUAUAUGCAUAGUGACUGAAUAUAUAACCAAUGGCUGCUUGCUUAACUACUUGAAGAGUCAUGGAAAAGGACUUGAACCCUCCCAGCUCUUAGAAAUGUGCUAUGACGUUUGUGAAGGCAUGGCCUUCUUGGAGAGGCACCAGUUCAUACACAGGGACUUGGCUGCUCGAAACUGCUUGGUAGACAGUGAUCUCUCCGUGAAAGUAUCUGACUUUGGAAUGACGAGGUAUGUUCUUGAUGACCAGUACGUCAGUUCAGUAGGAACAAAGUUUCCCGUCAAGUGGUCAGCCCCAGAGGUGUUUCACUACUUCAAAUACAGCAGCAAGUCAGACGUAUGGGCAUUCGGGAUCCUGAUGUGGGAAGUGUUCAGCCUGGGGAAGCAGCCCUACGACUUGUAUGAUAACUCCCAGGUAGUUGUGAAGGUCUCCCAGGGCCACAGGCUCUACCGGCCCCAGCUGGCAUCAGACACCAUCUACCAGAUCAUGUACAGCUGCUGGCAUGAGCUUCCUGAAAAGCGUCCCACAUUUCAGCAACUCCUAUCUUCCAUUGAACCACUUCGGGAAAAAGAUAAGCCUUGAAGAAGAAAUUAGGAGAUCUGAUGAGGACGAAUAUAAAUGUUGGCCACCAUUUUCAUUCUUUCAAAGGACAGUAGCAAGGCACGGACCAUGUCAUUUAGUUAGUUCUUAAUAGUGUUCUGUGUGCUGUUUGUUAUUUUAUCUGGAAAUGAACAAGGUAUGAAACAAAAGAUUUCCUUGGAAUUUAGGUCAAAUUAGUGAUUUUGUUUAUGCUGCUCUUAAUAUUACACUUCCCAGCCUAUAGCAGAAGCACAUUUUCUGAUUGCAAUACAGAGAGGGUGAGUACUAUGUAUAAAAAAUUGAACGGAAUUGGAAAAUUAUCUGUUGGAUAUUAUUUUCUUUAUGUCAUCACUAUCAUGAUAAUUAAAUAUGCUACCAACAAA